AUUCAGUAGCUGAAAUGCUCUGAAGCCGCUCGGUCUGAAACUAAAAACUAAAAAAAAAAAGUUACUGGCCGCUUAGAGUAACUUUUUAAACCAUUCGAUUUUUGAAUGAUGUGUCGCGAAGUUUUGAAUUGUAGAACGAGCGAGAAACUUUUACGAGUUUGUGGGAGCGGGGAGAGUUUUUAAAAAUGAAUGCGUGGCCCGGUGAAGGGGGGGAUGUUAUGGGUCCCACGGUUACCAGAACGGGAAGCGCCAAGACCACUACACCUCCGUUGAAGAAUGGGAACGAUUUGCGGGAGUCAGGAUACCUGAUCGCCGUAGGCUCGAGAACAGCCAGAUUCAGAAGAAAACACCAAAGCAAAAUGCUUUUAAUCAUGCUGUUAGUGCUUCUACUGCUUUUACUGUGUAUAGCCAUUGUUAUGACCGUUCUUUAUAUUAAACAAAAGCGACAUAGGCCGCCCAGGGUCUGCGAGACCAAGGAGUGUCUCCGUUCUGCCGCCAACCUUGCUCUAUCUAUGGAUACCUCUGCAGAUCCUUGUGAUGACUUUUACAAGUACGUUUGCGGUAACUGGGCCGUCGACCAUCCGCGCCCGGACGCGUACCGCUCCUACGACUGGUUUCGAGACAAGCAGACCAAGGUGUACACCGUCGUGAGGGACUUCUUGAGUGGCAACGGCUCGGGACCCCGGCCUGUGCAGCAGGCGAAGGAUAUGUAUGCAGCUUGUAUGGACACAGAAACCCUGGACAAACUCGGCCUUAAACCAGUCAUAAAAGUGCUCGAAACCCUAAACCUCCCCCCGUACCCCACUUUCGUCAAUAUCACUGAAGACUUCGACUAUUCCUCGUAUAGCUUCGACUGGUUGGAGACGGUGAUUCAGGUGAAAGUGAAGCUGGGCAUGGAUGUGUUGAUCGGGUUUGACAUAUUCACUGAUCCGAGGAAUUCUUCGGUGUAUAGGCUGGUGAUGGGUUCACCUGAGACUACUAAUCCUUUUCCUAGUGUACAUAACGAAAGAAAACGUCACGCUGGCAAGAAAAGCCAAAGACUUGGUAUCCCAACCAACCCUAACAAGCCAGAUGACUCCAUCCUAUUCAACAACGAACAUUACUUUGAAAGUAUGGAGAAAUCGAGCGACGAGAAUAAGCACGCACACAUUUACAAAAUAUUUUACGCAGAACUUAUAAAGCUGUUUGUUUUGGAAUCUGGCGGCAAUGAUAUCACCAAACUUAGCGAAACUGAACUUGAUCAGAACAUAUUUUUGACUGCCGAUGAAUAUUGGUCUAUCAAUAGUGAUCUGUAUCAGUUAGAAUCUGAUAACAGUACAAUGUCUGACGAAGAAUUAUUCUCAAAUAUACCAGAAUUCACUGUAGAUGAAAUCCAAGCACACACAGAUGCUGUAGUAGAGAGCAACAAUGCUACAGCGUCUCCUAUUUGGAAACGAUAUUUGGAAGGAGUUUUCAAUAUCAGUAACGUUGAGCUCGAUUUCAAAAAUGACAAGAUUUUGGUGUCUGAUGCUGAUUUGAAAUAUAUGGCGCUGAUGUCGGCGUUGGUUGCUAAGACACCACCAGUUGUAUUGGAAUUGUAUGUUUGGAUCAAGGUGAUGGAAGUAAUGUCCGUUCACACAACAUCCGAAAUCCGUUCUCUGUUUCAACGUUCAUACGACGCAAUGCACCCGCACCGCGCGGCCCCGACGCCGCGCAGCCUCAUGUGUGCAAGCGCUGUUAAUGACCUGAUGGGCAUGGCUGUGUCCUACGCCAUUGCUGACCCUAGCUUCUACAACGUCACUAAACCCAAGAUUAAAACCAUGCUCCACGAAAUGAAGAACGCUCUAUCCCACCUAGUUGGACAAGUCAAAUGGAUGGACGACGACACGAAGCUAGCGACAUAUCAGAAGAUCAUCCAAAUGAAAUCACUCAUAGGCUUCCCCGACUGGCUGCUAGAUGAAGGAAAACUAGAACAGUAUUACGAAGGCGUAGAAGUCAAUGUGGACACACAUUUGGAUAACAUGAUAAAUAUAAUACAAGUAAAGAUUAAGAAGGCCCUGAAUAGGUUUAGAGGUGGAAAUAACUUCACGUGGGCUACUGAUCCUACGGAAGUUAACGCUUAUCAUACUUUUCAAGAGAACACUAUAACUAUACCUCUUGUAAUGUUGCAAUAUCCAUUCUUUGAUUUGGGACUAGACUCACUCAACUAUGGCUCGCUUGGUACUGUGCUGGGUCACGAGAUAACUCAUGGAUUUGACAACUUUGGUCGGCAAUUUGACAAAAACGGCAAUAUGCUGGCAUGGUGGUCGAACAGCACAGUGCAUGCCUUCAUUAACAUGACCCAGUGCUUCGUGGACCAGUACAACGACUACUACAUCCCUGAGUUAGAUGAACAUGUAGACGGCAAGAAGACCCUAGGCGAGAACAUAGCCGACAACGGAGGCCUACGGGAGGCCUUCGCGGCGCUGAAGGAGCACCUGCGUAAGCACGGCCCCGAGCCCAAGUUGCCGGGCUUCGAGCAUAUGAGCUCGGAACAGCUGUUCUUCCUGUCUUAUGGAAAUCUAUGGUGCGGUGUUUCAACAAAAGAGUCCCUAGAAGAUGAAUUAUCCGACGAACAUUCGCCACAAGCUCUGCGCGCUCGCGGCGCCCUGCAGAACAGCGCGGACUUUGCACGCGCUUGGCGCUGCCGCCGCGGCAGCCCUAUGAACCCUGCUACAAGAUGUGUCAUAUUUUAACAGACAAAGAUAAUUCUUGAGUCCAACACACAGAGUUGUUUCUUCUAUUACUUCUACUGUUACUCCCCACAAGCUCUGAGCGCUCGCGGCGCUCUGCAGAACAGCGCGGACUUUGCACGCGCUUGGCGCUGUAGGCGCGGGAGCCCCAUGAAUCCUUCUACAAGAUGUGUCAUAUUUUAACAGACAAAGAUAAUUCUUGAGUCCAACACAUAGACUUGUUUCUUUUAUUACUUCUAUACUGUUACUCCCCACAAGCUCUGCGCACUCGCGGCGCCCAGCAGAACAGCGCGGACUUUGCACGUACUAGGAGUUGCAAGCGGGGUAGCCCUAUGAACCGGAUACCGAAUAUUCGCAUCAUCCCUGAAAACUUUCAGCCCUUUUGGGAAAAAUACAAAUGAGAAGCUAAAAUGUUAUCAUUAUCAUUUUAGAGAGGUUGUACACUAAUUAACGUUUUCUGUACCGAUUUUAUUAUUUGUGUUUCUCUAUUUUAGACAAACUAAAUGGAUGCUGUUAAGCAAUAAUGUGUCAACCCACAUUAAUUUUUCAAUAAGAUGUGAACUCUAAAAAUGUAUGCUUAAAGUUGAUAUUUUAUUGUAAAAUGGAUGUGGGAUGACUCAUUUUUGCUAAACACCAUCCAAAUAUCGUUUCAAUUAGUCAAUCAGUUACAGUAUGGCCUAAAGAUUAAUUGACAAAUCAUCUAUAGAUUUUUUUUCUUACUUGCACGUCUCUUAAAAAAGUACAAUUAAAAUCAUAAUUUAAAUACAACCAUAUACCCGGGUGUGGCCUGUAACACGAGCAAAUAAUUAAAACACCUCAAUCCUCAAUCGGUGACACUUUUGUUCAACAACUUUAAAAAAUUAUUAAGUACCUAUUUAGAGUCCUUAUUUUUCAUACAAAAUAAAUAUUAUCUUUAAUGGACGCCAUCGCCACGCCAUAUCAUUGUGAUUGACGUUGCUUGGCAAGCCUUAAACAUAACUAAAUUCGCAACACAUUGCGUCUUAGAAUGAACUUUAAAUUGUAUUAAACAUCAGACCACAACUUAUUUUUAAAAGUUGCUGGACAAAUGUUGAUCAGUAUGAGGAGUACAGCCUACAGUUUAAUUUUUUGCUCGUAUUACAGGCCACAGGCUGUAUUAUCUUAUCUUAAAAAUAUUCUCCUUUAGUUUUGAUAAUAAAACUAAAGCGUUUGAAAAACUAUUUUAAACAAUGACGUCGUAAUGGGCCAUCUAGUAAUUAAUUAGUAUACAACUGUAUAAAGUAGUCAAUUUUGUCAAGAUUGAAAAACUUCAUGUACUUGUACUUUUAAUAUAGAUAAUUUUCAUACAUGUUUAUAAUAUGCGUUAAUAAAUUUUAAAACAGAACAAA